CAUCCUUGAAUUGAAAAGGGAUCAACAAAAGCAAAGGUGUGUUUUUUUACGCAACAUAAACACGUUGACGUCUGUCAAAUCGAAUAAUCUUUAUGUUUUUUAUAUGUGGAACAUGAAAUCAUUUAACAUAUUGUGACUGUAGUAGUGAACGAUUUCCACUGUGAUUGAGAAUGCAAUGGCAUCAUUCAUAAACCCGAGGGCUUUUGUAUGAGCCGAGCCUAGCCUCCCCUUGCCAAUCCUUGUCAAUCAUUAUCAGUCUAUUGACACACAUGACUUCCAGUUACAGUGGAACUAUUCCACAGUGCAGCUUACAUUCGUACGUGCACAUAAGUCUGAUAACAUAUAAUCAUGGACCAAGUAUGCAUAGAACCACAUCUUGACAUAACAGUAGAUGAAAAUGAAAUUGUCAAUGGUGCCAAAGAGAUAAUUAAAAGAAUUAGGCCAACAUGGCCUUUAGAUAGGCUAGAUUUUAAGAUAUUUACUGAUGGGAUUACGAAUAAACUUAUAGGAGUGUGGUAUUCUGGGCAUUACAAUGAAAUGGUUUUAGUUCGUGUGUAUGGUCAUAAGACAGAUCUGCUAAUUAAUCGUAAGGAUGAAACAAGAAAUAUUCGAAUAUUAAAUAAGGCAGGAUUUACCCAUUCAAUUUAUGCUACUUUUAAUAAUGGGUUGGCUUAUCAGUUUAUCGAAGGUACUACGCUCACAACGGAAACGGUAAGAAAUCCUAAUGUAUAUACUUUAAUUGCUAAGAGAAUGGCUGAGAUGCAUAAACUAAAACCUGAUAGCUCUGAGAUACCCAAAGAAGCAUUUAUUUGGAGUAAAGUAGAAAAAUUUAUGGAAAUUAUGCCAAAACAAUUUUCUGAUGAUUUCAAGCAGGCAAGAUUUGAGAAACUCAUAAAACCAAUUAGUGUGUUAAGACAAAAUUAUCAGUUCUUAAAGAAGACACUUUCAGAUUUGAAUGGGGAAGUAGUUUUUGCGCAUAAUGAUUUGCUUCUAGGAAAUGUACUGUACAAUCAAAAGGAAAAUAUUGUUACGUUUAUCGAUUUUGAAUAUACUGCGUACAAUUACCAAGCUUUUGAUAUAGCUAAUCAUUUUGCAGAAUUUGCUGGUAUUGAUAAUCCUGAUUACUCUUUGUAUCCUGAAGAAGAAUUGCAAAAAACAUGGUUAAAUAUCUAUCUUCAGGAAUACAAUAAUGUAAACUAUGUACCUGAAAAUGAUAUUAAUUUACUGUAUAUGCAAGUAAAUAAAUUUGUUCUUUUAUCACACUUUUUUUGGGGUUGUUGGGGACUUAUACAGAGCGAACAUUCAACAAUUGACUUUGAUUUUUUAGAGUAUGCUGCAAUACGAUUUAAUGAGUAUUUCAAGUGGAAAGAAGAAUACCUUGACAUGAAAUCAUGAAAUUUAAAAUAAUUAUUUUGUUUUUAUUAUGUUCGAUAUUUUAUUGUAUUAACAUUCCUACAGUAGCAUUAUAACAGUUUUACAUUCCGUUAUGUACAAAUUGAUAUUUUACAACAAAAAAAGGAUAUAUAUAUAUAUAUAUAUAUGUGUGUAUACAAUUCCGCUGUACAUUUAUUAAUAUUAUUACAUUUAGACAGUAUUAUAUAGACAAUGUACAAAC